AUGGCCGUCAACGCAUCCGUCGCGUUCGAUCUCCCUCCGCUCCCGACUUACACUCUGAGAACGCGGCAGGACCUGAUUGCCGCCGUGCCCGAUAACAUCCUCACCCUGAUUUUGCCGAUCGUCGCCUACUGGGGCUUGUCCAUGAUCUACCACUAUCUGGAUGUGAACGAUUACUUCGUCCAGUACCGCCUGCAUACCCCGGCGGAGGUCCUCAAGAGAAACAAAGUUACCCGGUGGGAAGUUGUCCGUGAUGUCGUUAUACAGCAGGUGAUCCAGACUGUGGCUGGCUUGGCUUUCUUAUGGUUUGAUUCCGAAGAGACCGUGGGACGCGAGGAGUACGAUGUCGCCGUCUGGGCCCAACGAUUGCGCAUCCUCCAAAAGGCCAUUCCAUCAUUACUAGCUCUUGCCGGAGUUGACGCCGCGGGCCUUGCAACGUCCCUCUCUCAGAGCGGUUACACCAUGCUGGCCGGCGCUAUCGCCGGUGGCUCGUAUCCUGGAGUGACCCAGUCUCUGGUCUUGGAUACCGGCGUGAAGACAGUGGUUCCCGCCUUCACUGGCUGGGAACUCACAGUCGCGGGCCUCAUCUACUGGUACCUGGUUCCCACUUUGCAGUUCAUUUUGGCGAUCUGCAUUGUGGAUACCUGGCAGUACUUCCUUCACAGAGCUAUGCAUCUCAACCGAUGGCUCUACGUGACAUUCCAUUCCCGCCAUCACCGUCUCUAUGUUCCCUACGCAUUUGGCGCUCUCUACAACCACCCCUUUGAGGGAUUCUUGCUGGACACUGCCGGAACUGGAAUUGGAUUUUUGGUGUCUGGGAUGACCACCCGCCAAGCUAUGUGGUUCUUCACAAUUUCGACUAUCAAAACAGUCGAUGACCACUGCGGAUACGAAUUCCCAUGGGACCCGCUGCAGCAUUUUACUUCCAACAAUGCCGCCUACCACGAUAUCCACCACCAGAGCUGGGGUAUCAAGACCAAUUUCUCCCAACCCUUCUUCAUUUUCUGGGAUCGUUUACUCGGCACCCAGUGGACGGGUGAUGCCACACAGCGCUAUGAACGUGCCCGUGAAAACGCACAGAAGCAGGUGGACCUCGACGCCGCCAAGGCACCCGAAGUCGUCCCAGCCGUGAUUGUGACAGAAGAACGAGUGCCUGAGCCAGUUGUGGUUUCAACAGAAGGCCCCGCUGCACGCACCCGACUGCGUCGAAAGACGGUCGACAGCCUCAAGGGCCCGAGUCAUGGGGUUCCUGGAAGUGUGCUCCACAACUAA